AUGGAUCCUGCUCGCCACAUGACCCCAAGGUCUUACCUGCACACCGCCGCCGCUCUUCACAAGAAAGAGAUCAGCAAGGAGGAGUUCUUCCGAAGAUGCCUAGCUCAUCUUGACCCCCACGAGAGUGGUGCACAGAGCCCGGAAGACUCGGUUCCUCUGGACAAGUUGCUCGGUUCCCUAUUCUGGAAGGGCUCGUUCGGGCCAGUCGCCGCCGCAAUCAAGUUGUGCGAGUCAGAGGAACUGUCUUUGUUGAAUGAUAGUCAAGGUCGUAAAGGAGAAACCUUACUACAGGUGUUUUCUGCAGCUGCAGAGCCCGGGGCCAGUCUUGAAUCGGUCCGUUCUCUGGACAGCUUCUGCAUGCUAUCAUCUGCUCUCUUUCGCCAAGCCUUGAUAGUCACAGCUCUCAGGGCCAAGAACGAUAACUUGGCUCGUGAUAUCACCGAGAUCAACCCCUCAGUGCCACCGCCAGCCAAUAAGUGUGUAUUCACCAUGAAGGGCUCCCGCCUCAUUGAUGACGAGAGCAUCCCCGCUGGCGUGUAUAACGCACUCAUCAAGCACGGAUGGGCAUCGCCGUCUCACAGAGUGAUGCAGAUUGCUCUUUCCAGCCCCAACGGUGCUGAUGGCGUUGCUCUUCUAGACACCUUGUCAACCAAGAGCUUCAGCCUGCGGUCAAACCCCCUCUAUGAGAAGUCACUCCCGCAAUUGGCCCUUGGGAUCAGCCAACUUGAAGUUCUCCAGUACAUAUGGAGAACUUUUAAUGUCUCUCCUACACCGGAAAGUCUGGUUCAAGCCGUAGAGUUCAGAGACGAAGGUGGGGUGGGUGUGAUGCGGUGGUUGGUGGACGAGCAUGGUCUCGACGUGAACUACGUGCUCAUUCCGGCAGCCGACUACGGCAGCAUUCCCAAAACUGACCCGCGGGAUCGAGCUGAGCGGGAGCAUGCCGAGAAGCUCCUUACUCGGUCUCGGAAGAAAACCGCAUUGCAUGCUGCGGCCUUUAAGGGCAAUACGGAUGCUGUCAGCUUUCUGUUGGAGCGUGGAGCGGAUCUGGAUAUCCAGGAUGGCUCUGGAAGGACAGCGCUUGCUAUCGCGACAGAUGAGGGUCAUAAUGACGUUGUGCAAGUCCUGAAAAGACACAAGCCGUAA